AUGUCAGCUGCAGCCCCUUCCAGUCCGCUGCAGCCCCUUCCAGUCCGCUGCAGCCUCUUCCAGUCCUCUGCAGCCCCUUCCAGACCUCUGCAGCCCCUUCCAGUCCGCUGCAGCCUCUUCCAGUCCUCUGCAGCCCCUUCCAGUCCUCUGCAGCCUCUUCCAGUCCGCUCAUCCCCUUCCAGUCCGCUGCAGCCCCUUCCAGUCUGCUGCAGCCUCUUCCAGUCCUCUGCAGCCCCUUCCAGACCUCUGCAGCCCCUUCCAGUCCGCUGCAGCCUCUUCCAGUCCUCUGCAGCCCCUUCCAGACCUCUGCAGCCCCUUCCAGUCCGCUGCAGCCUCUUCCAGUCCUCUGCAGCCCCUUCCAGUCCUCUGCAGCCCCUUCCAGUCAGCUGCAGCCCCUUCCAGUCCGCUGCAGCCUCUUCCAGUCCUCUGCAGCCCCUUCCAGUCCUCUGCAGCCCCUUCCAGUCAGCUGCAGCCCCUUCCAGUCCUCUGCAGCCCCUUCCAGUCCGCUGCAGCCCCUUCCAGUCCUCUGCAGCCCCUUCCAGUCAGCUGCAGCCCCUUCCAGUCCGCGCAUCCCCUUCCAGUCUGCUGCAGCCUCUUCUAGUCCGCUCAUCCCCAUCCAGUCCGCUGCAGCCUCUUCCAGUCAGCUGCAGCCUCUUCCAUCCGCUCAUCCCUUCCAGUCUGCUGCAGCCUCUUCUAGUCCGCUCAUCCCAUCCAGUCCGCUGCAGCCUCUUCCAGUCAGCUGCAGCCUCUUCCAGUCUGCUGCAGCCUCUUCCAGUCCGCUGCAGCCCCUUCCAGUCCUCUGCAGCCUCUUCCAGUCCGCUGCAGCCUCUUCCAGUCCGCUCAUCCCCUUCCAGUCCGCUCAUCCCCUUCCAGUCUGCUGCAGCCUCUUCCAGUCCGCUGCAGCCUCUUCCAGUCCGCUCAUCCCCUUCCAGUCCGCUCAUCCCCUUCCAGUCAGCUGCAGCCCCUUCCAGUCCGCGCAUCCCCUUCCAGUCUGCUGCAGCCUCUUCUAGUCCGCUCAUCCCCAUCCAGUCCGCUGCAGCCUCUUCCAGUCAGCUGCAGCCUCUUCCAGUCAGCUGCAGCCUCUUCCAGUCUGCUGCAGCCUCUUCCAGUCCGCUGCAGCCCCUUCCAGUCCUCUGCAGCCCCUUCCAGUCCGCUCAUCCCCUUCCAGUCCGCUCAUCCCCUUCCAGUCUGCUGCAGCCUCUUCUAGUCCGCUCAUCCCCAUCCAGUCCGCUGCAGCCUCUUCCAGUCAGCUGCAGCCUCUUCCAGUCUGCUGCAGCCUCUUCCAGUCCGCUGCAGCCCCUUCCAGUCCUCUGCAGCCUCUUCCAGUCCGCUGCAGCCUCUUCCAGUCCGCUCAUCCCCUUCCAGUCCGCUCAUCCCCUUCCAGUCUGCUGCAGCCUCUUCCAGUCUGCUGCAGCCUCUUCCAGUCCGCUGCAGCCUCUUCUAGUCUGCUCAUCCCCUUCCAUUGAACACAAAACAUUGGAACGCACCAAACGAGUCGAAGCUGCGACGGUGAAGUCUCCUCAGAGAGUUCCUGAGACUCAUGAAGACUACAGGAGGAUCAGAACCUCAGGGGAAAAGAUCCCGACGACGUCUCAAACAGAAGACACCAGUCUGAAGAUGGACGCUCUUCUUCUUCUGCUCUUCACCGUCGCUGCUUCAGGACUGUGUGCAGAGUCACCACAAGUGAAACGACGGUACUUUUUUAAUUAUGACCACAAGACCCGAGAUGAAGCCCGGGCCUUCUGCAGAGACAAACACACAGACCUGGCCACCAUAACCAGCAUGGAGGACGUGGACACCCUGAGGGGCAUGGCCGAUCUAAGCCAAAUGUGGCAGAUUGUCGACGGCAAUCGAGCCUGGAUUGGUCUGUACGACGACGUGGACAGCUGGAGCUGGUCACUGUCAGACCCGAGUUUCUACGACGAUGGAGAGGCCGAGUUCAGACAGUGGGCAGGAGGAAUGCCUGACAACAUAGGAAGUAGAGAACACUGCACAACCAUGUAUUUUGACGGAUUAUGGAACGAUGUGCAUUGCAUGGAUAACCUUAAGUCAGUCUGCUGCGACGCCACAGGGCCAAAUGUGACCUUUGUCCUCAUCUCCACCGACAUGUCAUGGACUGAGGCCCAGAGCUACUGCAGAGAACACCACACAGACCUGGCCAGUGUGAGAAACCUGGACGAGAACCAGAAGAUAAAGGAGCUGAUCCCUUUUCUACAGGCAGUCUGGAUCGGCCUCUCCAGAGAGACCUGGAAGUGGUUGGAUGGCAGUAACUCCUCGUUUAGGUACUGGAACCUGGGCUUCUCAGAUCCUAAUAACCUCUUUUCAAAGGAGGCUUGUGUGUCCGCAGACUUUGGCAACUUUGGGAAAUGGGAGGACUGGCCCUGUGGCUAUAAGAGAUCAUACAUCUGCUACACUGCAGGGAUCACUCAACAGGUGAUCAGAGUGAGUGUGCAGAAGAAGAAGAACCCCUCUGUGGAUCUGAACCACUCUGCUGUGAUGGAACACAUCCUGCAGCAGCUCCGACAGAAGCUGAGGGACGAGGGGCUGCAUGAAAACAUCCGACUGAGCUGGAGGAGGCAGCCGGGUGGAAACGUCUUCCAGAAGGAGGAGAGCGAGGAGAAGAAGGAAACGCCCGAAUGUUGAAAAGACUUUGUUUGUUUUUCUCUUUUUGUGAAGUGAGAUAGAGCGUUGAUAAGAUCCAGCUGUUUGUUGAUUAUUUAGUCCUUUUAACCAUUUUCAAUAUAAAAAUCAGUUUCUGUAUUUAUUUAAAGCUUUGAUUUGUCACUGCGCUGAUAUAAACUUACUUCCAGUCGGUCGAGGAAAGCGUAGCACACAUUUUUCACUUAACAGUUACAACAUGUUUAAAGCUCCAUCUCGGUCCUCAUGUUGACCUUUGACCUCAUGUUCACCUCUCAUGUCAUCAGUCUCUGAAACCUUCAGAGCAGCUUUAAAUUAUCUGAUUGGUCUUAAAUACCGGAGUCAGUAAAAACCCUCAGCUUGGACCUCCAGCAUUGUGGAGUGCAAUGGAACACAUCUUACAUCAGGUCAGUCAUGUUUGACCUUUUAGAGAUUUCAUGCAGAAAUAACCAAAUGACUCUCAGAAGAAAAUGUAAAUGUAAAAUCAAAUUGAAAUGUACCUCGUUGAGGAUAAAUUCAAAUGACAGCAGCACAGGAAACAGUGUGAAGAGAAGGUGAGAAAUGAUUUAAUAUUCUUUGAUUCUUUAACAACGACACAACUGGACAGUUUAGGAAGCAGAUAAAAGACUGCAGAGCUGUUUAAUGGACAGUUAGGAAGUUGCCUUCAGAGACACUUCAGACUUUGUUUUGUCUUUUAUUGACUUUAAUCAACUUGAUUUCAAAUGUUCUGUUUUGGUUGUUUGAAUUGUUACAUCUUUCAUUUAUACAACACUUAGUAAUGAAUUAAGACUGAAUAUAUAAAUAUAAAAGCAUUAUUAUAUUGAGCCUUUAUUAUUACUGUAAAUAUGAAACUGAUCACUAACCUCUCUGUGUGAAGUAAAAGAAGAAGCCCAACCUGCUAAAACACAAAUAAAAAACACUCUUUAGAAAAGAAAGCUUUUCCAUUCUUUGCCUUUACUUAUAGAGGAGCAUGU